CUCCUGUGACCUUUAACUCCCAGGAUGAGGAUCAGCGCCUCUGAAUCUGAGACCAAGGUUGAAUGAUCGGGCACAGGAAGUCAAGCGAGUGUAGCGAGCAAGAUCAUGCGACUCUUCAUCACGUCUGUCUACUCCAGCAGAGAAUAAUGAACAAGAAAAAACUCAGCCUGAAGUGGUUCGGGAGUUUGACCAAUCUCUCGCCCCGCCACAACAAGUCCACCUCGGUGCAUGAUGGGAGUUGUGAAAGUGCCAAGUCAGCGGAGGACGGUGCGCCCGGCAGCCUGGUCUACGCCUGCUCCAGCAGCAUGUACUCCCACGUGGGCACAGUGCCGAGGAGGGAGUCUCAGAAGAAGAGGACGGGGAAGGGAAGGGAGCAGGGUCUGAGGGGGGGCAUGGAUCACGUCCCGGACUCGCCGCUCCUCAGCGCUCUGUCCACUCUCAGUCUCAGCAGCUCGCCACUCUCCGCUGCCGCCCGGCCACUGCCUGACACCCCGUCACUCAAGCCGGCUUCACCUUUGACCUUUCAGCCCGACAGCUGCUCCGCUGACAGGCGGGGGAGGGACGAGCACGGACCUGCUGGAGACCCUUCCAGCAUGAGAGGGUCAGCAGUGAGUCAGGAUGUUUACGUGCCCAUGGACUCCAUCUCACACGGCGACAAGACUCACACUAAGAAAGUGGAGCGUGCUGACAGGCCACGGGACGUGAUGGACGGUGGAGGAGAGUACGUGAAGUUCUCCAAAGAGAAGUUCUGGCUAGAGCCUCCGACGGAGACACUGAGGAAGCAGCUGGAGGAGGAGCUGAAGCUGAGCAGCAGCAACCUGAGGAGUCACGCCUGGUACCACGGAUGCAUCCCCUGGGAGGUUUCAGAGAGCCUGGUGCUGGCCCCUGGAGACUUCCUGCUGCGGGACUCUGAGUCCAGUCAUGGCGACUUCGUCCUCACCUGCCACUGGAACCAGAAGACCAAUCAUUUCCUGGUCAGGAGGACGGUUGUUCAGUCCGGCGAGACGUACAGUCGGGUCCAGUUCAGCCUGGAGGAUGAGGCCUUUGACUCGCUCCCCUCCCUGGUUCACUUCUAUGUGGGCAGCAAGGCCGCCCUGACACAAUGGAGCGGCGCCCGGAUCCACCGGCCGGUCAACAGGACGUUGCCCCUGAGUUAUCUAGAGACGGCAUUCCACUCCGGCCAGGAGAUGGCCGGACGCAGCAGUCCGGCAUCCACUCUCCCACGGGUCGACCAGACUCCAGCGGACUCGUAUGUCUAUCCUGCGUCCUGCAACUCUCCUGGAUCGAGGAGCCCCUGCAGCAGCCGUGCAGUCAGCGCCACUCCCUCUCCCAGCAGCACCCUCCUCAGACCUCUGCUGGACCGGGAUGGAACCUGCUACACUGAGCUUUGUCCCAGCAGCCAGAGCUAUGUGGAAAGGCUGCAGGUAGAGGACGGUGUGGUGGAGCUCCAGCUCAGGUCAUCAGAGGGGAACAUCUACUUCUCCCCUGUGAUGGAGACGGCCUCCUCCUUCAGUCCCCGGAGCUACCGGUCGGCCUUGAUGCCCGAGGAAAACAAACCACUGGAGGUGGGGAUCCUGAGGAGGGUGAAGGAGUUGCUGGCGGAGGUGGAUCCCGGAACAGCUGCGGAGCACAUCACCAAAUGUGACUGCACGGUGGCCAGGAUUCUGGAUGUGACCUCAGAGGUCCAGAAGAUGAUGGGGGUCAGCUCGGGGAUGGAGCUGCUGACCCUGCCUCACGGACGGCAGCUCAGACUGGACCUGCUGGAGCGGUACCAGACAAUGGCGAUCACGCUGGCGGUGGACGUCCUGGGCUGCACUGGGACCACGGAGGAGAGAGCAGCUCUGCUGCACAAGUUAAUCUGCGUUGCCGCUGAGCUCAAGAGCAACAUGGGAAACAUGUUUGGAUUCGCCGCCAUCAUGAGAGCGCUGGAGCUGCCACAGGUGACUCGUCUGGAGCAGACCUGGGCGGCGUUACGCCAGCGCCACACGGACGGCGCUGUCUUGUACGAGAAGACUCUCAGGCCUUUCAUGAAGAGUCUGAAUGAGGGACGAGAGAGCUGCCCUCUGUCCAGCACCUGCUUCCCUCACAUCCUCCCGCUCCUGGCUCUGUUGGAGAAGAGCGUGGCGGUGGGCGAGGGGGCGGAGCCAUGGGAGACCCUGGACGCUGGCGUGGACGUUGUCAUGUUUCACCUUGGUGCUGCCCGGACCGUGGCCCAACUGGGUGGAGUCUACAGAACCAACGCUGAGAACAAACUGCAGGGGUUCCAGAACCGAACCGACCUCUCUGAGAUCUUCAACACUGACUUCCAGAUGAGGCUUCUGUGGGGGAGCAGGGGAGCAGCGGAGACUCAGGUGCUGCGGUUCGCCAAGUUUGACCAGGUGCUGACCGCCUUGUCCAACCGUCUGGAGCCGCCCGGACGAUCACGCUGACCUGGAGACAAGGCCAGCAGUUUCCAUGGUUAUAGGGCACCACAGAGACUCCCCUUUCUUAUUUGUUCAUUUUAAAUGUGAAGGCUGGACCUUCUCUGGUACCGAUCUCAGUGUGACGACUAACUUCGCAGUAACGUCUUCAUCCACAUACUCCCGGGUUAUAGAUGCCCCCUAAUCCUGCAGAGCUGGAUCUGAACCAUCAUUCUGGAGGGUGGGUUGAUGAAGUCCGCCGGGAACCCGCCUUCCCAUAGUUCUGGAUCUGUCUGAGGAAUUCUUCUUCCACCUUCUGAUGCUGCCUUCUGAUUGGCUGACCAUGAAUGAUGAGAUCAGAUCGGACUCUUCCUUAUGGUCCAAUUGGGAUCUUUUCUUUGAAGAUGCUUUUAUGGAGCAGUCGACCAACAGACACUCAGAGUAGAGCAGCUCAUCACUGAGGUUAUGAGGAACUCCUGGGUGCUUUCCUGUGGGUGUGUAGAAGACCAUGGGCGGAGCCAAGUCUGUCAGCGCCUCUCUGUCAGGGGAACGUCCUCGGAGGUCGAAUGAGUGUUGAUGGCCCCAAGACUGAAGCACUUCGGUACGAAACUCGUCUAACCACUUUAACUUGUAUUUAUGUGGAAAUAAAAUGAGUUAAACGCUGUGACUG